AUCCAAACAUCUAAACCAAAAAGGAAACAAAACAUAUCAAAGGGUUAACAAAGAAAGAUGGGAAGCAAAACUAUUCUCUCAGUCAUUUUGAUUGUUUCCCUUUGUGUUGCCAUUUUUGUCACUCAAGGAGUAGCUCAUAUGCAAACACCACCGACGACGGUUCCAGGAAUUUUCCCACCUGGCUUACCUAUUGAUCUGGUAAAAUGUUGGUCGUCUCUCUUCAAUGUUGAAGGAUGUGUGCUCGAGAUCGCCAAAUCAAUUUUCUCUGGAAAAUUCGAAAAUGUCGAAGCCGCAUGUUGCAAGGCGUUUUCGACCUUAGAUGCUAACUGUUGGCCUCACAUGUUUCCGUUGAAUCCGUUCUUCCCUCCUCUCCUCAAGGAUAGCUGCGCUCGUAUUGUCCCCAACUCCCCUACACACAACUAAGAGCAAGAAUGGUUGUUGAUCUACACUUUUAAAUUAGUAGUUAGCUUCAGAGUAAUAACCUAAGUUUUAUAGUUAAAUUCUAUGUUGGCAAAAUGUGAACUCAUAUUUUAUGAGACCUCUUUAUAGGUUUUCUCAAUAAAGUAGCAAUAUUCAUCGAAA